UUAUAUCGCGUCAAAAACCUAGAUUAGCACUUCUGCUCGUUCCCUUGUGGUUUGGUUUGGAAGGUCUGACCAGACCACCAACGAGUUAGCAACGACCAUGACCAUGACAAAUUAAAAGGCUCAACUUACACACUUUCAUUCCAUUCUCAUAUAUCUGUAGAAUGUUGUUGUUGUUGUUUGCAGUGUCAUUUUCAGUGUCUCUGUAGCAUCAGGUAAGAAGACAAGAUGCUUUAGUUUACAGCAAUUCCAAGAGGAGUGAUUAUUUUUUUUUGCAAUAAAGAGAUCAGUACAUUCAACCAGAAAUGUCAAGUUUAGUAACUGUGUUGAGUUUAGUGCUGUUAGCGUUUUGGAUCUCAUUUUCUUCUGCAGAUUCGUAUUUUUCAAAUGAUUUGGCAAAUUCUGAAUCCAACUUUUACACGAAUCCGUGCACUUACGAUAGACAGUGUGAUGAAAGAACAGGUUACGUAUGUCGGGAUGGCAGAUGUGCGUGCAAAUUCGGGCGUCCCGAUGUCACGGAUGACUUCAAGUGUAAAGUGCAAGUUAAACUGGGGGAUGAUUGCAGGGAACUGCCCAUUUCCAAGAGGGAUCCUCGUUCCCCGGUGUACGUGAGGCGGAAAUGUCCUCGUAAUUCGGAGUGUGGUCAAGUUUCCGGGAUUUGUGAGUGUGGCCCUUUAUUUGAAUUGAGGGGGGCAGUGUGCACGCCAAAAGUGGUAAAAGCAGGGGGCAAAGAGUGUCGAGAUCAUUUAGAUUGCAUGGUCCAGAGAGGUCAACUGUGUCACAAUGCGACAUGUGUGGAAUGUGCGUUGGGUCAAUUUAAGAAUUUUAGACCUACAGCGAAAUGGGUCGAGGCAAGGUUGGAAUGUAGUUGUUUCGAUAAGUUAGCAGAACUUCAGGGAAACGGAACAAAUCAGAUCCGUCACAAACGUAUGAACAAAAAUGCAUGUACGGCUCCCGUCUCUGUCGGAGAUCAUUGCACCGUAUCCCGAAAUUGCUUAUCAGCCUGGACCCCACAACUAAUUUGUGACGGUGGAACUUGUAACUGUCCCCCAGGUUCGAGACAAUUCCGAUUUCCAACAUCCCAUCCGCUCAGCACGUUCUGCAUCUCCCCGAUAAAUUCGCCCUGCACGGACGAUCAGGAUUGUCACGGCCCCACGGCGUACUGCGAAACUAGGUUGGAACUUCCAAUGUGCAAAUGCAGGGAUGGCUUUGAGCUGCAAGGGCUCAUUAAUAAGGGAGGAGCUAAAAAAGAUCAGUUUCGGUGCACUUCCCGUUUUCAUGAAGAAGUCUGUGGGAAAUUUUUUCCACAAAAUAAUCGACUCAGGGAUCAAUUAAAACAACAGAAACUGACAUGCAUUCAAGGAGUCUACGAAUGUGCUCGGCCUCGAGAAAUGUUUUGGGACAUGGAUCGUGGGAAGUGCGUCUCUUUGGUGGGUGGACGCUGUGACCUCGACCUUUUUGACCUGUCCAGCUGUGCAGGAAUUAGUCGCUGUUGGGAAUACAAAAGCUUGGGAGAAUUUCGAUGUCAGUGUCCAAUGCCGGAGGAGAGUGAGGACAAUAAAAUCAGUGAUAUCAUCACGAGAGGUGACGACAAUAAGCUAGGAUUCACAGAGGUCAUGGAAAUGCUACGCUUCAAACCGUCAAGAAACAGGAGGAAUUGUGUCCGUUCAGAAGAGUGAUGAUAAUAAACCAGGCCAGAUAAAAUAACAAUAUUUAACAUGAUAAAGUACGCAAUUGCAUAAACAUCAGUUGCACUACUGGAACUGGAACUGAAACUACGCCCACGAGUUAUUAUUAUGAUCUCUACUGCUAAAUGCGAAAUAGCUGCACCAUCAAAUCCCAUAUUCAAGCUGUUGAACGCAUUUUGCGUUAAGACAAAUUUUGUGCAGAGUGUACAUUAGUCAAUAUUAUUCGUUCAGUUCAACAGUAACUCAGUCAACUACAAUAUUUUGUAAUAUCUUGUUACUUUUGUUCACACAAGUUUAUUUUUAUUGAAAAAUUUUUCGGUUGGAGGAAAAAUGUAAUGGGCUAGGUUGAAAGUGAAUCCUUCUUUCUACACCAGUUUGUCAAUCAAUAAGCAACAUUUUCUCACUUUAAUUAACUGGUAUCGUAGAAAUUACGAUUGUUGUCCGUCAUGUCAUCAUCAUCUGACCUGAGUGCUUGGGGGACGGCGGAAUCCAUCGCCGCCAUCGCGCGACCCGGUGACCUCAUCGAAUUCUCCAGACUGGGUUACGCGCACUGGGCAGUCUACAUCGGUAACGGGAGCGUCAUUCACGUCUUCUUGGAAUGUAAGGGACUAGGAAAUUCGGCCGAGAUCAAGGAGGAACGCUUACUAAAAGUGUGUGGUGGGGACAAGUGUAGGAUCAAUAAUCAUGCAAAUGAAGCUAAGAAGAAGGGACUGCAGGCCUUACCACCCGAAGUGGUCGUGGCCAAUGCGAAAAGUUACGUCGGACAUGAAACUCCGUACGGACUUUUGAGUGACAAUUGCGAAUUUUUCGCGACCAGUUGCCGAUAUGGAGAUGCUUUUUGUCAUCAGAUUGAUUCCAAGUCAAGUCUCAUGGACACGAUUGCGAUUAUCUGUGGCGUAGUUGGUGGUGUUGCAUUAGGUGAAAAAAAGUUCCUAGAGUGGAAACAAGGAAAUGCAGAACGGGCCUACGAAUCUGGAAACCGAACACGGGCAGCAAACCAAUUCAAUUGACAUGAUUGCUAGAAAGCGUUUAUUAAUGAUAACGUAGCGUAUCAUUAUCUCGGUGUGUAUAAACUAAACUAAAUUCCUGUAACGGUUUACAACAUACAUAAUGUUAAAUGUUAUCAUAGUUAAUUAAAUAUUUUAAAUGACAUAUUUUAUCUAAAUAUUUCAUCGAUUCGAUAGUAUACGUGCGUCAAUUAUGAAAGUUACAUAUCACAACACAAACUAAAUUAAUAUAAUGACAACAUUUUUUAUAUAAAAAUAUUUGUAUGAUGCUCAGCAAUCGUACCCUGAGAUUACUUGAUUUAUAAAUAUUUUCAGUCUACUAUUAGGUUCAAUAUAAUAAAAUAUGAUCGACACUGUCGACUUGACAGUGCUACUUCGUAUUUUUCUAGA